AUGCCCCCCACCACAACCACAACCACCACCACAACCACCACCUCAGGACCACCACCACCCCCACCACACCGCCCCUACCCGACCCCCCACUCCCGCUGGCGCGCCCUCUCCACCCGCGACCCGGCCGCCCACACCUCCUUCGUCUACGCCGUGCGCUCCACGCGCAUCUACUGCCGCCCCACGUGCCCCGCGCGCCUCGCCCGCCGCGCCAACGUCGCCUUCUUCGACGACGCCGCCAGCGCCGCCGCCGCGCUCCCGGGAUACCGCGCGUGCAAGCGGUGUCGGCCGGAUGUUGAUGAUGAUGAUGGUGAUGGUGAUUCACCAGGUAAGGGCGAGGAUCGCGGCGGGAGGAGGGCGGCGGAGUGGGCGCGGGCGGUGCUGGAGAGGGAGGGGGGCGCGGUCAAGUGGGGGGUUGUGGCGGGGGAGGUGGGGCGCGCGCCGAGGUAUUUGCAUGGCGUGUUUAGGAGGGCGUUUGGGGUGACGCCGGGGGUGUAUGCGGCGGGGGUGAGGGAGAGGAGGAGGAGGAGGGUAGAGGAGGAGGAGGAGGAGAGGGGGAGCGGAGGGCUGGGUUGUUCGGCGACGCCGCCGGAGUUGGUGGAUGGUGAAGGGAGUUUGGGUGGUGCGGUGGAGUGCGGUGCGGAGGUGGUGGUGGAUGACGCCUGGGGGGAGAUGGGUGGCUUGUUUGCGGAUGUGCUUCCCGGGUUUGGUGAGGGAGGGACGGCGGGUUUGAGCGAGGCUUGGGCGGUGGAGGGGAUGGAGAAGCUGUUUGAUGGCGCGAGCUUGGAGCCUUGGGAGCAUCUUGUGCAGUGGGAUGCUGUUGCCUUUGCACCGCAUGCUGUAGAGGAUACAGGAAAUGAGGAGGGGGUUGCAAUGAGUUCGUAA